AUGAAUGCCUCCCGACAACAGGAUAUCACGUGGACGGUUGAGUAUGAACAGAGUUUGAAGACUAUCCUCAGGAGAACGCUGCGACCAUGGCAGAUAUUUUCUAUCGUCAUCAGCGGCACGAUCGGAAUUGGCUUUAUCCAAAACACGUCCUACGCUCUUCGCGUUGCGGGCCCCGGCGGUGCCUUUCUUGCAGUGGCUUUGGUGGGUGUGGUUGUCAUCUCCGUAAUGGAAUGCAUCUGCGAGAUGCUUUCCGUGUGGCCAAUACCGAAUGCGAUGGUCGAAUUCGUCAGCGCCUUUGUCGACGAGGAGCUAGCAAUCGUGAUUGGAGUUAGCUAUUGGAUCAUGCAGAUGCUGAUGUAUUCUGCACUGGUAACGAGCGCCGUCAGCUUGUGUGGCUACUGGCAUUUAUCGACUUCUUGGAGGGCCGUUUUGCAUGUAACAGUCCCACUGGUGCUGAUAGCCAUCAACUUUCGACCCGCGCACAUAUUCGGCAUGUUCAAUGUCUUGGUGGGCCUUACAAAAUCGGGCUUUUUGGUAGUACUUUUCAUCCUUAUGAUACUGCGCAAUAAUGGAUGGGGUGAUGGCAACUCGAUCGGCUCUCACUUUUUCAAUGAAGGCAUCGAGCACGAUCCUGAAGCUGCCGAUGGUCGUUUCGCGGCCGUGUGCAUCGCCAUAUCCAUGUCAGCGUUUUCGUACCUGGGCCUUGAGACAGUGAUGACAACUGCUUUCGAGGUGCGACAGCCAAGGGAUCUUCAAUUCACUCUUAAAAAUACACCCCUACUAGUAUGGAUUAUCUAUGCGGUGCUUACUUUGCUCUUUACAUUAAACGUGCCUUGGAACGACCCAGAGCUACCUCGGUAUUCAAAUCAGGGACUGGGAGGUCUCAUCCAAGAUCGCGGCGUUAAUAGCACGUCUCCAUCUCUGGUUGCACCCAUAGUGGCACUCAGACGAGCUGACUUGAAUGUCGACGUGCUAAAUGCUUUUUUUGUGUUUACGGCUCUUAGUGCAGCCAACGUUGCCCUAUACUCGGCUUCAAGGACCCUUUUUGGACUUGCGAGAUCCACAACGCUGCUGUCAUUUACGCAGUCUCUCCCUGCCAAUCGAAAUUGGCUGCAAAAAAUACACAAGCAAUUUGAGAUUGCACUUGGAACAGUCGGGAAGCGAACCUCUGUCCCUUGGCGAGCAGUCCUGCUUUCAGCUGUAAUGUUUUGCUGGCUGCCGUUUGUGGGCCUCAAACGCACAAAUUCUACCUUUGAGUUUCAGCAGACACUGCUGAAUCUGGGAUCCGUCAAUGGCAUCGUAAUCUGGGGUUCUCAGUGUUUGGCUUAUAUACGCUAUCGUUACUACCUGCAAAAGCACCAAGAAAGACUGAUCGACUUCUACUCUCAGUUCCUCCCAUCACGCAGAACGAACUACUUUACGUACUUUCAACCAGCACUAGCUUAUCUGGGCCUUCUUUCUUGUCUUCUAGUCGUUGUUGGCUUCAACAGCGCCAGCUUGUGGAACGGAAAGGAAAUCGGGUUAAAAUUUGCAGGAGCAUAUAUCAGCCCGAUCGUUGGUUCUGUCUUAUGGAUUGUGCUGAAGGCGUGUCGCGGCAAGCGACUGACACUGCAAUUCCAGCUGAGCAGCUGGAACGAUUUCAGAAAGCAGUUGCACCGUCUCACUGACUUGGUUUAUCCGACGGACUAUCCUACGAGUGCCGAAAGCAAAGAGCCCCCUGACACACAUAAUAAGGUCCGCGGAGCGCGAAUUGAUGAUAUGAUUCUUACACGCCCAAACUUGAGGACGAUACCACACCGCUCAACGUCAGGUGACGAUCAAGGACCGCCAGGAGAUUUUGUGCGCGUCGCUAACGGCCAUCUGCACGAGCUUCCUUACGACCUCCAUCCAUGCUCUACUCAGAUGAGUCACACCGAUAUGAGUUUUGACACCGGCACUCAGGAGAAAAUGUCGUUGGACGAAACCCCACCUCUGUCGACCGUUUCAGAAGUCUUGGUUCAAGAUUUCACCCGUAAAGAGCUCAAGCGCCCACACAGCGAUAUCGCGGUUGAGAGAGUCGAAAUGGACUCUGACCCAUCUGUGCUGAGGAAACCGAGUGCUGAUAUCUGA